AUGCCAGACAUUUCCAAGCACUUAGAGGUCCUCGAGGGCUUCAAGAAUGGCUCCUAUCCCACGCUGGGCCUGAGCCUGGGCUCGCGACAGGUCACUCCGGGGGAGAAGAUUCCCAGAGCAGAUACCAAAGCAACACCAACUCUCUUGGCACCGCCUGACCUUCCCCAGGGUUCCUAUGCUAUCAUCUCCAUCGACCUAGACGUGCCCUUCGCUUCCUUCAAUAUCCUCAGUCCAGGCGCUCACUGGGUCCAAACAGGCUUCAAAAUCACUGAUCAGCCAAACCGCGAGCUCAAAAGUGACGAUCCUGCAGUUGCAUACUGGGCUGCUGCUGCCCCGCCGCCUGGUGCAGCGCCGCAUCGUUACGUGUUUUUCCUCUACAAGCAGAUGCCUGAUUCAAGCAUCCCGCAAAACUACAAAGAGAAACCGUUUGGCAAUUCUCAACGGGUGAGAUUUGAUGUUGACGGGAUGGUGAAGCAGUUGAAAUUGGGGGAGAUUGUCGCAGUCAAUUAUUUUGUCUCGAACUGA